CGAGGCGCUGGGCGCGCGGAGGAGGCUGGGGAGGGGGCCGGCGCGGAGGGCGGUGCGGCGGAGCUCAGCCGCCCAGUGAGGCACACGCGGCCCGCGCUCGGGUCGGGCUGGGAUUGGCCGGCCUGUGGCUUCCCCCGCCCCCAGCCAAUCGCCGGCGAGGUCUUUCGGGGGGCUUUCUGUCCCUUCCUCCGGCUUGGCUCGCGAGCCCCGGGCCGGAGAUCCCGAUCGCCCAGCGGCCGCCGGCGCAGAGAGGCCGCGCCCCGCCCCUCCGCGAUGAGGCCCCGGAAAGCCUGCCUGCUCCUGCUGCUCCUGGCGCUGGCGCAGCUGCUGGCCGUGGCGAGCGCCGGGGGGCCGGACGAAGAUUCUUCUGAUAAGGAGGAUGCCCUUGAGGAGGAAGAUGAGGAGGAGGACGAUGACGAUGAGGAAGAGGAGGAUGACUUGGAAGUUAAGGAAGAAAAUGGUGUCUUAGUCCUAAAAGACGCAAACUUUGAUAACUUUGUGGCUGACAAAGACACAGUGCUACUGGAGUUUUACGCUCCAUGGUGCGGACAUUGCAAGCAGUUUGCUCCGGAAUAUGAAAAAAUUGCCAGUACUUUGAAGGAGAAUGAUCCUCCCAUUCCUGUCGCUAAGAUCGAUGCGACCUCGGAGUCGGCACUGGCGAGCAGGUUUGGUGUGAGUGGCUACCCGACCCUCAAGAUCCUUAAGAAGGGGCAGGCUGUCGACUACGAGGGCUCCAGGACCCAGGAAGAAAUUGUUGCCAAGGUCAAAGAGAUCUCCCAGCCUAACUGGACACCUCCCCCAGAAGUCACGCUUGUGCUGACUAAAGACAACUUCGAUGAAGUGGUGAACGAUGCAGACAUCAUUCUUGUGGAGUUUUAUGCCCCAUGGUGUGGACACUGCAAGAAACUGGCCCCCGAGUAUGAGAAGGCCGCCAAGGAGCUGAGCAAGCGCUCUCCCCCAAUCCCCUUGGCGAAGGUUGAUGCCACUGCAGAAACAGACCUGGCCAAGAGGUUCGAUGUCUCUGGCUACCCCACCCUGAAAAUCUUCCGCAAGGGAAAGCCUUUUGAUUACAAUGGCCCACGGGAAAAAUACGGGAUCAUUGACUACAUGAUCGAGCAGUCUGGGCCGCCUUCCAAGGAGAUUCAGGCCCUGAAGCAGGUCCAGGAGUUCCUGAAGGAUGGAGAUGAUGUCAUCAUCAUUGGGGUCUUUAAGGCAGAGAGUGACCCAGCCUACCAGCAGUACCAGGAUGCUGCUAACAACCUGAGAGAAGACUACAAAUUCCACCACACUUUCAGCACUGAAAUAGCGAAGUUCUUGAAAGUCUCCCCCGGGAAGUUGGUCGUGAUGCAGCCUGAGAAAUUCCAAUCCAAAUACGAGCCCAGGAGCAAUGUGCUGGACAUCCAGGGCUCCACGGAGGGAUCAGCCAUCAAGGACCACGUGUUGAAGCACUCCUUGCCCCUGGUGGGCCACCGCAAGACCUCCAACGACGCCAAGCGGUACACCCGGCGCCCCCUGGUGGUCGUCUACUACAGUGUGGACUUCGGCUUUGAUUACAGAGCUGCCACUCAGUUUUGGCGGAACAAAGUCCUGGAGGUGGCCAAGGACUUCCCCGAGUACACCUUUGCUGUGGCUGACGAGGACGACUUUGCCACGGAGGUGAAGGACCUGGGGCUCAGCGAGAGCGGGGAGGACGUCAACGCAGCCAUCCUGGACGAGAGCGGCCGCAAGUUUGCCAUGGAGCCUGACGAGUUUGACUCUGACACCCUCCGCGAGUUUGUCACAGCUUUCAAAAAAGGAAAAUUGAAGCCGGUCAUCAAAUCCCAGCCGGUGCCCAAGAACAACAAGGGGCCUGUCAAGGUCGUGGUGGGGAAGACCUUUGACUCCAUCGUGAUGGACCCCAAGAAGGACGUCCUCAUUGAGUUCUACGCGCCCUGGUGUGGGCACUGCAAGCAGCUGGAGCCCGUGUACACUGCCCUAGGCAAGAAGUACAAGAGCCACAAGAAUCUGGUCAUUGCCAAGAUGGAUGCCACUGCCAACGACGUCACCAAUGACCGCUACAAAGUGGAGGGCUUCCCCACCAUCUAUUUUGCCCCCAGUGGGGACAAAAAGAACCCAAUUAAAUUUGAGGACGGGGACAGAGAUCUGGAGCAUUUGAGCAAGUUUAUAGAAGAACAUGCCACAAAACUGAGUAGGACCAGGGAAGAACUUUGAAGGCCAUGGGGUCUGCGGAGGGCGGGAGGGACCAGGGACAUUGUAGCUUCCAGCAGCCAGCGCUAGAACCCCAGCGAGCCACCCAGCUGAUGGGUUAGCGCAAGGGCACUAUCUCUUUGGGUUUUUGUUUCUUUUUCUAAAAAAUUUUUUAUACCCUGAUAUUUCACUUCAUGCUCUGAAUACUGAAUAGAUAAGAAUGACUCAAUAGAUUAGUCCAGAUUUUUACAGAGGAUAUAUCUAUUUUUAUCAUUAUUUGGGGUUUGAUUUUUUUUUUAACCUUCCACUUUCUUUAAUAUAUUUCUUCAAAGCAGAUAAAUUGAAUCUCUUCUGUGUGAAUUGUUUUUUAUUUAAAAUUUUAAAAAAAACCUUUGCCAAAUCAUGUUGAUUUUUGCCUUUUAUUUUAUCAUUGUCUGAGGAAUUAGUAGGUGAAGAAGAUUUGACUGUUGAUGUGCUUUAGCUUUUGUUGCUUUCUGUUGUGGCACCAAGUGAGAACUGUCGCCAAGCCCCUACCCAAGGAUGACAUUUCAGCCCGAUCUCUGAGUCACACCUGGUCCAGAGAGAAGCACCAUCUCUGUGCAGGACUGGGCAUCGCCGUGCCUUCUCUUUUCAAACCAAGGACUGCAGGGUGAGGAGCGUUUCUCAGGUCUCCUAGACCCUUCGAGUCAGGUUCCAAGGCUCGUUCAUGGAGAGAGCCACCCACCUGUGGCAGGCAGCCUCGCUUCUUCAGAGUCAACAUUGCCGGAGGAGAGAUGACCUAGGCACAGGUGGAUACUUGAGGGUCAUGGAAAAGAUAGGGAAGGCUGUCAUGAUGGAAUAAAGAAAUUAUUGAAAAUUAA